UAUUUAUUUCAAUGCUUUUCCUUACAAAAGAUUAAUUUAAAGCUUAGUCUACAAUAGAGUCGUAAAUCAUAAUGGCUCCUGCACACCAGCGCGAUGACGCGACACGCGAUGCGCGAUAUCCAAUGAGCGUGCAGCUUUUCCGCAUGUCUAGUCUAUAUCGUCUAUAUACGAUUUCCGCAAACUCGUUUAGAACAUCAAUAUCAUCAUGUAGAUGAGCAAUACAUAUAUUGCAAUCGAGUUAUUUUAUAUUAAUAGAUCGUAUUUUUAUGUAAGUGUAUAAUUGAUUAUGAUUAUGUAAGUGUAUAGCCAUUAUCUUUUGAUAUUCGCAUUCACACUCUUUUUGUGAUAUAUCAUUAGGUUAAAAAUAAAAUAAUAUGUUAACCUCAUAACCUAACCAUACGGAUGGCUCGAUGACGGAAUAAAUAUUAUAUUCUCGAUUUUGUUUCUGCGCAUAUUUGCAUUUGUUGCAGUUGUUUAUACACACACACAAAAUGUUUAUAUUAAUAUUUGCUAAAGGACGUUAUACUGUGUGUUCAAAAAAGAAAAAAGUAAAAAAAUCUCACAUUAUCGCAGUUCAUACAAAUAAAUCUGUUUUACAAGAAAUUGCAGACAAUUUGAAUAAAGCAAUUCCAGCUAUAGAAUUAUUAAAUAUUUCAUCAGAUGUAUCGCUAACUUCUGAUACUAAUAACACAUCAAAUGAUAUAUCAAAUAUGCCAAAUUCGAAUAAGAGUGAAGAUAUUUGCGCAUCAUCGAAUGAUUCCAAUAAUAUUGAACAAUGCACUAAAAGUGACAAAAUUGGUAACAGUUUACCGCUGUUUGAUAUAACACACAGCAAUGAUAAAAAUCCUACAUUUUCGUCUAAAAAUGUUCCUACUCUCUCUAGUGAUGGCAGUCCCAAUAAAGUAGUUAAUAAUAAAAUAGCUAAUGAUAACAUGAUAAAUGAUUCAUCAUUCAUUGAUACUGAUGCUAUAUUAGAUAUUAAUACAAUAUUAAACAUUGAUACAUUAAAUGUAAAUUCGAAUAUAGAAAAUGUUUGCACGUUUUUUGAUAUGGAGCAAUGCAGCAUGGAUGAUAAAAAUGAUAAUAUAAGAUCUUGCGAUGCAAAUAAAAUUAAAGACCUUGCGCAUUUACCUAAAGAUAUUUCUACUAUUGACAAAAAUUGCAAUAAAUUACUUAAUACUAACAACAUAAUAAAUGAUUCAUCAUUAAUUAAUGCUGCUGUAUUACCCAUUGAUACUACAUUAAAUGUUAAUGCAUCAAAUAUAAAUUCGAAUAUAGAUGAUAUUUGUUCAUUAUAUGACAAAAACGAUAUUGAACAAUGCAACAUAUGUGAUAGAAAUGAUAUUUUAUAUGACAAAAACGCCUGUGAUAUUGAGCAAUGCAAUAUAACUGAUAGAAAUGAUAUUGUAUAUGACAAAAAUGCCUGUGAUAUUAAGAUAUGCAACAUAAGUGAUAAAAAUGAUAUUAAUAUAACGCUUUGUGAUGCAAAUAUAAAGGCAAUCGAUAAGAUUAAGACUAUAAAAAUUAUAUCCAAUGUAGAAUUUAAUAAUACUUAUAAAAUUAUUGACGAAGGAAAUAUUUUAAAUAAGACUUGCGUCAUGGAUAAUAACAGUUUAAAUACUAUGUUGGUAGAUUUUGCUCCACUUGCAGAAUCUACAUUAACAAAAGAAAAAUCAACAUCAGAAUGUAUGAGUACUAAUGCUAAUAUUGAGUCUGAUAAUUCUCUUACAUCUGAGCGUAAUAUGGAUGACAGUUUCCACACAUCAGAUUGUUCUGUAUCAGAAGAUUCAGAUGAAGAUGAACUUAGCGAUAAUACAAAUCAUACAAGUAUAAAUAAAAGUAAAUUAAAUAAAAGUAAAUUAAAUUUAACAAGUUCAUUAAAUUUAUCUAAAGUAAAUAUAUGUGACGAUAAAGAUAUGUACGUUGAAACAUCUGAUAAUCGCAAAUUAAAGUUGAGUAUGUGUCCAUACUGUAAAAAAUUGCAAUCACAAUUUGCAAGGCAUUUAGAAUCAAUACACAAUACUGAAGAAGAUGUAAAAAAGUUUUGUUUCUUACCUAAAGGUAACCCAGAACGGAAAAAAAUUAUUGCUAUAAUUAGACGAACAGGAAAUUUUGUAUAUAAUACAGAUCCUAACGUUAAUAAAGGAAAUUUAAUUGUAUGUCGUCGUCCGGCAAAAAAAUUAAACAAGCAAGCGGUCGAUUUUAUUCCAUGUGCAAAAUGUAAAGGAUACUUUUCUAAGAAUAACAUUCGACAUCAUUUUAAGUUAUGUACACAAAAGACUGAGUCUCGUCAAAGAAAUGUAAAAGUAUUAGGACGCACAGUAGCUUGCCGUAUACAUUAUAGUGCAAGUACAGUAUUAAAAAGACUAGUAUUUCCAGUGACGAGAGAAGAUACUAUAACUCAGCUUAUUAGAUAUGAUGAGUUAUUAAUUGCUUAUGGAAAUAAAAUGUGUCUAAAGUAUCGUCUUCAACACCAACAUGACAUGAUUAGAGCACGAUUAAGACUACUAGGACGAUUUCUGGCUACUAUGAAGGAAAUUGAUAAUACUGUGGUAGAUUUUACUUCAAUAUAUAAUCCAAAGAGAUAUGAUUAUUGUGUGAAAGCUGUUAAUAAUCUUGCACAAUUUGAUGAAACAACAUGGACAUACAAGGUAUCUUCUGUAGCAUCAUCGUUAGGAACUCUCAUAAAGCAAGUUGGACAAAUUUUAAGGAGCAUAUGCAUAAAAAGACAAGAACUCGAGAAUCAAGUUAUAGUAGAAAAUUUUUUAAAAUUAUUUGAAGAAGAUUAUCCUAUCAGCGUAAACAAAGUUGUACAUGAAACUCAAGGCGUCGAAUGAGACAAAGAAACAUAGUUUUACCGUCUAUAGAUGAUAUUAAAAUAUUGAAUUCUUAUUUGAAAGAUGAACGUACGAAUGCUCUAAAAUUAUUACAAAACGAUGGAUUUUCAAUUCAAACGUGGCGAAGACUAGCUGAAACGACAUUAGUGUCUACCAUGAUGUUCAAUAGAAGACGUGCUGGCGAAUUAGAACGCAUUUUAAUAGAAGAUUUAAAAAAUCCUGCGGCAAUUUCAAAAGACGAAGCACCUGAGUUACAAAAAUCCUUAUCGAAAUAUGUGCGUGUAACAAUACGUGGAAAAUUAGCAAGAACAGUUCCCGUUUUACUUCAUGAGGAAUUAUUGUCAUGUAUACAAAUGAUCGUCAAGUAUCGUAAACAAGCUAGUGUUCCCGUAGAAAAUCCUUAUGUGUUUGGUAUAAACUCAACUGAUAAAAGAAGACACAAAUAUUUAAGAGCAUGUGUCCUAAUGCGCAAAUUUUCUGUAGCCUCUGGAGCAGAGAUACCAACUUCUCUACGAGGUACAACAUUACGAAAACACAUUGCUACAAUGUGCAUUACAUUAGAUGUAUCUGAUAAUCAAGUUAGUGAUUUGGCAAACUUCAUGGGCCAUCAUGAAAAAAUACAUAGAUCACAUUAUAGGCAAUCUGUUAUCACAAAAGAUUUGGCUAUAUCACGAUUGUUAAAAUACGCUCAAGGAGAAGAGACAUCCGAUGAAAGCAAUGAAAGUCAAGAAGAUGAUAACAUAGAAUCAGAUAAUGAACUUAACACAAAUAUAUGUUUAAAAACUACUAAUACGUUACCUAUAUCAAAAAA